AUGUGGAGUGAGCAGCAAGAUGUCGCGGAGCUCAGCACGGAGAGGGUUAACCCUGAAGAGGCGCUGACGCAGGAACCACCUCCCAGCCCGGCGCUGUUCGCGGAUCCACCCCGGCGGUUUCCUCCCGGACUCAGACAGCAGAACCGAAUGGAAGGCAGUGGUUCCAUGUCGGUGGCCGCCGGGAUAUGGCGCAGCUCAACGUUAGCCUGCGCCUUCUGCCUCUGUCUGCUAACGGCAGCGCAGAGCCGGGGUCAGCUAGGGUUCUCGGCUCCAGUGAAUCUCUCGAUCAAGUCACAUGACUUCCACACUGUCCUGAAAUGGGAUGUACAUAAUUCAAGUGAAGAAACUAGGUUUAAUGUCGAUUUUUUUGGAUAUGGAACUUCAGAAUGGAAGCCAGUUUGUGUCAAUGUUUCGACACAUUCCUGUGAUCUCAGCAAUGUUUUUGUCAUCUCUGAGAAUCAUCUGGGUGGUUACUAUGCCCGAGUUAAAGCGGUUACGGCAUUGCAAGAGUCGGAGUUUGCUUAUACUAGUCGCUUUACUUUUGGUCAAAAUGCUACCUUGGGAGCUCCUGUUGUAUUGCUUGCAGCUGAUGGCAGACAGUUAACAGUGCAAGUCAAAUAUCCAGCUCUUAAUUCUAUAUCAGAAAGCGUGCUUUGGAACUCUUUGUACUAUAAUGUGUACUGCAGGCACCCCAACCAGACCAAUCCGGUUUGUCUGGAACUGUCUCCAGAAAACCCACUUUAUCAAGGGGACUUUGUUGAAGGAACCGUUUGUGUAUCUGCUGAAGUAGAACUACCAUCCUUUAAUCUUAUCGGAAAGAAAUCUAAAGAAAAGUGUUUGAGAAUGCCCGAGAAUAACAUAUCAGAUUCAGCAAUUCUGACUUGGCUACUUCCAGGAGAGUGUGAGGAGUACACUUCUCAGCCUAAUGAUCUGGAUGAUGAUGAAUACGAAUAUGGAGACUAUGAAAACGAGGACUCUGGCAAUGAGAUCCAGCUCACAAUACCUUCAGUUAAGGAUCCAGAGAAUACCGUAGCAGUACAGCGCAGAAUAAGCCCUCACAGCAGGAAUCACACCUUUCAGAACACACCUACUUCAAAGGAUUCAAAGUACAUUUAUGAUCUAACUGCCAUAACUGCGAUUUCAACAACAUUGGUCAUAGUCCUCUUGCUCAUUGUCAUACCUGUCGUUAUUUACCUACAGAAAUGUAGAAAGAAGUUUGUAUUACCCAAGUCUUUGGCACACAUCAUUGUGAGUGAGCGGCCGUACAAUGUGAUGAACUCCAAACGCGAGGAGAGCAGCGUGUGUGUAGUUGUAAAGACAGAGGAGGUGACCAGCGUACCUGAUGACUCGCAUGACUUUCAGGAUCAAGAAGAAACCCUCAUCACCUCCGACACUGUGGAUCCUGGUUCAACUCUCACUGAUGGAGGGAGUGGAGGGAGCAGUGAACAUGUAAAUGCUGACUUGAAUGAUCCUUAUGCAGCGAAAAUAAAUAUAGAUAUCAUGGAUCAAAACUCUGACAGCACAGACCAUAUUGAUCAAGAAGUUGUCAGUGAUCAAGACAGCAGCCAUGACUUGUCCAAGACGCAUUGUGACAGCAUAAAACUGAGUUGCACUGCAGAUAACUGGGGCUAUGAUAAACCUCAUGUACCACUUGAUAUGUUCCAAGUAACAGUACAAAGACUGAGUUAAUACAACUGCACAGUGGAAUGGACUGGGAACUGACUCAGUGCCGAGGGUACUUUCAUGAGAGGCCACAAUCCAGCUCCCACAGUUCCAAUAUCCUAAAUGUGCCAUUCUUGAGAUGAUGCUUGGGUCACAUCAUUGCACGUUCUGGGGAUGCAUCCGGAGGAGAGAUGUAGGUUAAAAUCUGCAUGCUUGUGUGGUUUGCAAGUACUUGACUGCUCCGUUGUGUGACUGAGGGUAAACUCGUGUCUGGAGAAUAUAUGGAACAUUGAGUGCUUUCAAUUCGGGGGAGUUGAUUUUCAAAUUAAAUGGUUUGUGUAUUCGAGCACUGCUCAGGAGAACUGAGCUCAUAAUUCAGACCAGCACUUUACUACAGUUCUGAAGGAGAACUGCAGUGUCACCGAUGUCAUCCCGAAACAAAAUAGCGCAGAGUUGUGUUGGCAGGAACUGUAAACAAUUAUAUCAAAUGACAGCUCCUGCAGUAGAUUUCAUUUUCCUUUCUCUAAAAUCAAUAAUAAAAAUGUAACAUACAGAAUGCUGUCUGUUAUUACAGCCUGAGACAUUUAUACCCCGUUCAACCUAAACCUUAACUAUUGAUCAUCUAUAUAGUGGAUUACUGUUAAUUGGGACCAGUACAUUUUGGUCCAAUUAAGUGGCUGCCCCAAUUAACUGAAGUUUCAUGGAAAUAGUUAAAUGGAAUAAAAAAGACAAACUAUUUUUUACUGAGCAGCAAAUUAUAUACUUAAAUGAAAUACAGAACAAAUUCAAACACUACCAAUACUACUGCAGUAGUAUAAAACUGUCCAUCGUAGUUUUCAAUGGAAUAAUCCAUCCGGUGCAUUCUGCUGUGUUCUUUUGAUUGUAAGUGACCAAAAUCAGCCAGACAGCUAUUGGAGAUAGUGGACCACCUUCAUACAAUGCUUUCAAUGAUUGUAUCCUCCAAGUUUUUAUUUACCUUAUAAUAUUCAAGAUAACUCUGUUCUGUUCUGUGAUUGUCGAUACCUUUAAAUAUUUUGUAGUUCAUAAUUUGAAGUAGUGAAAUGGUUUCAUUUUCACUCCUAUCCGUUUCUCACGUCUCGAACCUGAAUGUUUGAAACCACAGUGACCAAAACAGUUCUGAAUUGACUUGCUGCUUAAUUCUCACCAGCUAUUGGUGAUAUAAAUAACUGCUUUUUUGGACACAAGUACACGCAUCGGAUAGUAUUUUUAAAACUCUUCGCGCUAAGCUCAGUGUACUGAGCUCACCUGACUAACACUAGUUAGAAGGUAACCGACCCCUGUCCCGAUUAAGCGGCAUGAUGUCCCAAAUAAACUAAGAGAAUCGCAGUUAUUUUCCCAAUUAGCUCUUGUUCUUGAAGAGUUGUCCAAAUUAGUGGCUGUCGCGAUUAACAGACAGUCCAAUUAACCAAAGCCUGUGUGUGUGUGUGUAUAUAUAUAUAUAAUUAAAAAAAUCGCAGGGCAUUAUUCAAAUCCGAGCAGAAGAGUUGUGCUGUGUCAUAUUUAUCCUUCAAGUAAUACAGUUAAGAACACUUUAUCUAAUCACAAUUUCAUUCAAAUCUAAGGCAGGUAAUUGCUAACUACUUUUCACUCUGAAGGUGUCUGUGCUUCAAACGCACUCCACUGGUUGUGAAAUGGUUUUUUUAAAUUUAGCAACACAGCACAAUAGAGGCCAUUCUGGUCUUUCAAGUGACUAAUUAACAUACUAGUCUACAAGUCUUUCAGAUGUGGGAGGAAACCUGUGCAGUUGCAGGGAGAACGUACGAACUCCUUACAGCGGCAGGAAUUAAACCCUGGUCACAGACACUGUAAAGUGUUACUCUGCUGUGCCACCUUCACUGUAAAAUGUACUUAAAUAUUUAAACUGCAUUCCUUACGU